UGUGUGGGAUGUUGUGGGAGUCAUUACUUUAGCACAGUCAGUGUGGUCUAUUACAUUAAAUCUAGUUAAGGGCUGAUAUAGUCUAGUUAAGGUUUCUGAUGGAGAUCAGCUAGGACAACUCUGAGAGGCCCCUCCAACUGCGAGGCAGUGGGGCAUUUGGGUCUGAAACGACAGGUGUCUCUUAUAAUGAGGAUGAUUGAAAGAGGUGCAGAUCAGGUUUGGUUCUGGGGAUGGCAAAGGGGGACUGAACCCCCUGGGGAGCUGCCAGGGAUAUUUUUGGUGUAGUGCCAGUAUUAGUUUUCUUCUCAUCUGUGUUUCUCUGCCUUGUUCAUAUUCGGUCCUCUUUCUCUGGCUUUCCCACUCUUUUACAUAGGUGAGUGUCUCCUGUGUCUCUUUGUAGCUCAUGUGCAGAUUGAACGCCAUAGAUCAGUUUUGUCCCAAACCGCCUCCUUUUCCUUAGUUGAUGCUUGUUUAUUCAGUACAAACAUCAUUGAACAAACUUGGCAUUGCAUACUGUGUUUAACCGUUGGGUAAAUAUUUAUCCAAGUAGAAGCUUCCAGCGUUUCCAGAUUUAUUGCUAGGUUUUGGUCUUUGGAUAUUGGCGAGUCCUUCACUUUGGAUCUAUUAUCAGGAAGUUUUUAAAACUUCUCCCUCUUGUGAGGAUGAAUUUUGCUGCAUGUGUUUCAAGGAGACGUUUAAAAUCUCAUUGCUUGACAUCUCUGCUGGCCUCAUUGAGGAGUUGUGUCCAUCAGAAGCAUGGCCAAAGGUUAUUAUGCUGCGCCUGGCAAACAGGACAAUGCUGCUCCUUGCAGAAUACAGUCAAGUUACUAAACAUAUUGCUGUACCAGAUAGAUGGUCCACAAAGACUAUCCUGACUGCAGAAUAACCUGAAAGGACCCAUUAUGGCUUGUGCUGUCGUGCAGUUUUUACUGAAAACCCAAAGCUUUAGGUUCCGGUGGACUCCCUUGACCGCAUCCUUCCAAUUCUCUAAAAAAGGCUACAGGGUAUUGGCCCCUCAGAAUUUUUUAAACUAUGAAUCCUUAAAACAACAGUACAAACCAGAGGUGCCAGAGUACUUCAAUUUUGCAACCGAUGUGCUGGACAAAUGGACUGAAAUGGAAAAGGAAGGAAAGAGGCCUACAAGGCUAGCCCUGUGGUGGGUAAACGAUAAAGGCGAUGAGGUGAGGUGGAACUUUGAGGAGCUUGGAUUCCGCUCCAGAAAAGUGGCCAAUGUCCUCUCUGAGGUAUGUGGUCUGCAGAAAGGAGACAGAGUUAUGCUGAUUCUACCCCGGAUACCAGAAUGGUGGCUAGUAAAUGUGGCUUGUAUGCGAACAGGAACUAUCCUUAUUCCUGGGACAACACAGUUGACAGCAAAAGAUAUUCUCCAUAGAGUACAAACAUCAAAGGCAAAGUGUAUUAUCACUGAUGAUGUUUUGGCACCAGCUGUAGAUUGCAUUGUGUCCGAAUGCCAGUCUUUGAAAUGCAAGCUAAUUGUGUCAGAGGACCAGAGGGAAGGAUGGCUGAACUUUAAAGACCUAUUUACAAACGCUAAUGCUGAUCAUAGCUGUGUGACCACGAGGAAUCAAGAUCCAAUGACCAUCUUUUUUACCAGUGGAACAACAGGGUCUCCAAAAAUGACUGAACAUUCCCACAGUAGUUAUGGCAUUGGACUGACUGUAAAUGGAAGGUACUGGCUGGAUUUAACCUCCUCCGACAUACUCUGGAAUACAUCAGACACAGGCUGGGCAAAGUCAGCUUGGAGUAGCAUUUUUGCACCAUGGAUUCAGGGGGCAUGUGUGUUUGUACAUAGCAUGCCACGUUUUGACCCAACCACUGUCCUAGAUACUCUGUCCAGAUUUCCCAUCACAACCUUCUGUUCUGCUCCAACUGCUUAUCGACUGCUUGUGCAGCAUAAUCUGACCAGCUAUAAAUUCAAGAGCCUGCAGCACUGUGUGAGUGCAGGGGAGCCAAUCAACCCAGAAGUGAUGGAGCAGUGGAAAAGGCAAACCGGGCUGGAUAUCUAUGAAGGUUAUGGCCAGACAGAAACGGUGCUGGUUUGCGGAACUUUCAAGGGAAUGAAAAUUAAACCAGGUUCAAUGGGAAUGCCGUCUCCAGCAUAUGACGUUAAGAUUAUAGAUGAACACGGCAAUGCUCUGCCUCCUGGAGAAGAAGGAGAUAUCGCCAUCAAAGCAAAACCUACGAGACCUUUUUGUCUUUUCACUCAAUAUAUAGAUGAUCCAGAGAGAACAGACUCAACAUUACAAGGGAAUUUCUAUAUCACUGGGGACAGGGGGAUUGUAGAUGAAGAUGGAUACUUCUGGUUUGUUGGAAGAGAUGAUGAUGUCAUCAAUUCUGCUGGAUAUCGUAUUGGACCAUUUGAAGUAGAAAGUGCACUGAUAGAGCACCCAGCAGUAGUAGAAUCAGCUGUUGUCAGCAGCCCAGAUCCCAUCAGAGGAGAGGUGGUGAAAGCCUUUGUUGUUUUGGCAUCUGACUAUGUUUCACAUGAGCCAGAAAAACUGAUUAAAGAGCUACAGGACCACGUUAAAAAGGUCACUGCUCCAUACAAGUAUCCAAGAAAGGUGGAGUUUGUUCAACAGUUGCCAAAGACAGUCAGUGGGAAGAUCAGAAGAAAUGAAUUGCGCAAGCAGGAGUGGGGAAAAGCUUAGAAUUAUCUAGUGUUUAUUUUCCAUAAUUUGUUCUUCCAAAAAUAUUAUAUA